CUCAAAAGGAAUUCUGUUAACCUCUUUUUCAUUCAUCUCACAGGUUCUCAAAGAUGGAAUCUCUGAGGCACAUUAGCAUCGGGCUGUGCACUCCUACUUUAACUACAUGCUCGCCUCGAAAACCCUCCAAACUCCACCACCCUACAACCACCGUCGUCUGCUCCGCCAGUAAAUGGGCCGAGCGCCUCCUUGCCGACUUCCAAUUUCUUCCUGCCACCGAUAAUUCUUCCUCUUCCUCCUCCUCAACCGCCACUGUUUCUCCCCCUUUCCCUCCCCUUCUCCCGUCCCCUCCCGAGCGCCACGUUUCCAUCCCCCUCGAUUUCUAUAAGGUUUUAGGAGCCGAGACCCAUUUUCUAGGAGAUGGAAUUAAAAGAGCCUAUGAAGCAAGGGUUUCCAAACCGCCUCAAUAUGGUUUCAGUCAAGACACCUUAAUUAGCCGAAGACAGAUUCUUCUUGCCGCCUGUGAAAUAUCUAAUCCUGGUUCUAGACGAAACUACAACCAAGGUCUUGUCGACGAUGAGCGUGACACUAUCAUCACUCAAGUUCCCUGGGAAAAGGUUCCUGGAGCAUUGUGCGUGUUGCAAGAGGCAGGGGAGACAGAAGUGGUGCUUCAAAUUGGGGAGACUUUGCUGAGAGAGAGGCUGCCCAAGGCAUUUAAACAGGAUGUCGUUCUGGCAAUGGCCCUUGCUUAUGUGGACUUGUCAAGGGAUGCUAUGGCUCUGAAUCCACCAGAUUUUAUCGGUGGUUGUGAGGUGCUUGAGAGGGCUUUGAAGCUGUUGCAGGAGGAAGGGGCCAGCAGUCUUGCUCCAGAUUUGCAGUCGCAAAUUGAUGAGACAAUAGAGGAGAUUGCCCCACUUUGUGUUCUGGAACUUCUAGCCUUACCCCUUGAUGAUGAGCAUCGGACAAAGAGAGAGGAGGGUCUUCAUGGUGUACGUAACAUAUUAUGGGCUGUUGGUGGAGGAGGAGCUGCUGCAAUUGCAGGAGGUUUUACCCGUGAAGAUUUUAUGAACGAGGCCUUCUUGUGCAUGACAGCAGCUGAACAGGUUGAUCUAUUUGCUGCCACUCCAAGCAAUAUUCCUGCAGAAAGUUUUGAAGUUUAUGGAGUAGCACUUGCACUUGUUGCUCAAGCAUUUCUAAACAAGAAACCUCAUCUCAUUAGAGAUGCUGAUAACCUCUUCCAGCAGCUCCAGCAGACUAAGGUAACAACUCUGGAGAACAGUGUCUCUCCCUAACCCAUUGGAAACCGUGAGAUAGACUUUGCUUUGGAGAGGGGUCUCUGUUCAUUACUUGUGGGAGAGCUUGAUGAGUGCCACUUGUGGUUGGGAUUAGACAAUGAUAGCUCCCCUUAUAGAAAUCCAUCUAUUGUAGAUUUUGUCUUGGAAAAUUCAAAGGAUGAUGACGACAGAGAUCUUCCUGGGCUUUGCAAACUGUUGGAGGCAUGGCUAAUGGAGGUGGUUUUUCCCAGAUUUAGAGACACCAAAUACAAACAAUUCAAGCUUGGAGAUUAUUAUGAUGAUCCUACUGUCCUGAGAUAUUUAGAAAGGCUUGAGGGAGCAGGUGGUUCACCCUUAGCUGCAGCGGCAGCUAUAGUGAGGAUAGGCGCAGAGGCUACUGCAGUUCUUGAUCGUAAGGCUAGUGCAAUUCAGGCAUUGCAAAAGGUGUUUCCUCUUCAUCGCUCAGAAGAGAGUGUAAGACAUCAAUUAGAUGGUGAUAUGAACUUUUUUCCUGUUGAAAAUGAUGAGACUCUGGGAAAACCUGAUCAAAAGGAUUCUGCCAUGCUAGCUGAGGUUCCUGGGAUAAGUAGUUUGGAAGAAAUGUACGAAAAAGAAGAAACAAUAACUGACAAAAUUAAAGAUGCUAGUAUCAAGAUCAUGUCUGCUGGUGUGGUAAUUGGAGUUAUGACGUUGGUUGGCUUGAAACUUUUACCUGGCAGAUCUAGUUUAUCAGUGAAUGAUAAAGAAAUCAGUCCAGCGGCGACUGAUGUUGUCAAUGCAGGGUUAAUAGAUGAAAAUUCUUUGCAAGAACUACCUAGAAUGGAUGCAAGAAUUGCAGAAGGCAUUGUUCGCAAGUGGCAAAACAUUAAAUCUGAGGCGUUUGGACCUGAUCACCGUCUUGAUAAAUUGCCAGAGGUUCUGGAUGGUCAAAUGUUGAAGACAUGGACGGAUCGUGCAGCCGAAAUUGCUCAGCUUGGUUGGAUAUAUGAAUAUAGUCUAAUGAACAUGACCAUUGACAGUGUCACUCUUUCACUGGAUGGGCAACGAGCUGUAGUCGAAGCAACUCUGGAAGAGUCCACCUUCUUGACUGAUGUUCAUCAUCCAGAGAACAACGCCUCUAACCUACAAUCCUACACCACAAGAUAUGAGAUGUCUUGUUCCAAGUCGGGCUGGAAAAUCACUGAGGGAUCUGUUUACAAAUCUUAGGUAAUAAUGUAAAGCAUAAAAAACCUGAAAGUUCCAAUGUGGAUACCAGCAUCUCCUUUUUUUCCCGCAGCUAUUGUUAUUAUAUUGUUUGAGAUAAAACAGAGCAUUGCAUUUUCCAGUCA